GAAACUUGGGUCCCAAGAAAAGAACCCAAUCCCCGAAUUGCCCACCUCAUAUUCUCCAACCCCUUCCUCUCUUCUUAAAUCAGAUUACUAUGGCCGCCACCACCACCAGACCACCGCCCAUCCCCAAUCGUUGACAUGCCACCGCCGCAACAACCACCAAUCAGUAACAGCCACGUCAACCUCCCCGAAACCCCCAACAAGCUCCCGAUCGUACCCGAUCUCCUCCUCUCCGCCCUCUCCGUCUUUUUCCUCUUCUCCUCCUCCUCCUCCUCCAAAAUCACCCUCCUCCCCAAAACCCCACUCUUCAAUUUCCCAUCCUACCCUCGCCGAUUCGUCAAAAUCCCCACAAUGUCUCCACCACCACCACCGCCCCGGGACUUCGCCACGCCGCAAUCGCUCUCCGACUGGCUCAAGCCGCGCCUCCGCUCCGACUCGCUCGCCUCGUGGGGCGUGAAGCCGGGGACCAAGAACGUCCACAACCUCUGGCUCGAGCUCUCCGAAGGCGAGAGCUCCCUAGCCGACUCGACCCCGCCGGUUCGGACCGUCCACGUCGUCACGGUUCGGGUCAUCGGCGCUCAAAACCGGGUCUUGGUCGAAGCCCAGCAAGAGUUAUCGGACGGCAGCGUCAGGACCCGGGGGAGGCCCCUGUCGGAGAAGAUGAAGCCCGGCGAGGACCCCAUAUCGGCGGCGAACCGGGCCGUGUUGGAAGAGCUCGGGUCGAUACUAAACGGGUCGGGUCAAGACGGCGUUGUGAAGAUUGUGCCCGGUUCGUAUAGCAAGAAGGUGGAGGAGCGGAGCUCGGAGUCGUAUCCGGGGUUGCCGGCGUGUUACGAGCUGCAUUCGGUGGAUGCUACGGUGGAGGGCUUGCCGGAGGAGGAUUUCGUGACGGAGGAGGAGCAUGAGUAUGCCGAUUCCGGCGAGACAAGUGUUGCUCAUGAGGCUGUGUCUGUCAAGAAGCAUUUCUGGAAAUGGGUUAGUCUUGAUUCGAUAAACCAUGAGCUCAAUUCAUAGCCUGUAAUGUAAUGUAGCAGUCUUACUUAUAUAACAAUCUUAUUAGUGGUAGAGUUUUUCUUACUGUCUGUGCAGUAAUUCAUAGAAUGUAUCAUUUACUUUUGCUUUUGGUCAUAUAAUAAAUAGAAUUUUUCGAACUGACU